AUGCCAAAACCAAAGAAACAUCAUUUUAAUAAGGAUUAUUCAAAAGCUAUUCAUACUAAUACUAAAACUAGAAAUUUAGUUGAAUACAAAUAUACAUUACAUUGUCGUGAUAGUAAAUGGCGUUAUUCUUCAACCUCAAGAAGCAUUAAAAAUAAUUCUGUUAUAACUGAAACAUUAUUGGCUUCAAAAAGAAAAAAAGUAAUUAAACCGUUAAAACAAAAUCACAGUUCAUAUGAAAAUACAUCUAAUGAUGAUAAAUCAACUCCAACCAUUCUAACGGAUCAAAAUUUAAUUGAUUUCUCUACAGAGAAAGAUGAUCAUACUUUGAGUGAAAAUAGUGAAGUCGAUAUCCUGUUUGAGCAAUUUACUGCUCCUGAUUUUGACAAUUUUGAUUCUGAUUUAGAAUAUAGAUAUUCUAAUAUGAACAUUAAUUUUGAUGAUUCAUGGAUAGUGUUAUAG